AUGGAUUCCGAUGAUUCAUCUGGAUCUUCAUCAGGAUCUUCUAACAGUCACGACGAUUACGAAGAUCGUGUCCAAAAUGAGAUUCUUCGAGCUGCCGAACUACUUAGACGGCGGAUUGCUGACCAACCUGCCCCAAUCAUUAACCGAAGGGUACCAGUUGACCACAAUCGUAUUGAAGCACAUGUGCGUUUAAUGCAUGACUACUUUGAUGAUCAACCGCGAUACAACGCGAGACUUUUCAGAAAAAGGUUUCGUAAGACAAAAAAUUUAUUUCUACGGAUAGUUAUUGAUUUGGAGGCUAGGUACCCAUAUUUUCAGAUGAGAUAUGACAAGGCUGGGAGAAGAGGGUUGGCCGGGGUACAAAAGUGUACAUAUGCAAUUCGUCACUUGGCAUGCGGCGUGAAUAGUGAUUUCCUUGACAAUAUGAUUGGUAGUAUUUAUUGUAUGCAUUGGCCAUGGGAGAUGUGUCCGGUGGCCUGGCGAUGUACUUACACGAGCGGUCAUGUGGGUAGACCGCCAUUGAUACUGCAGGCUGUAGCAUCCAACGAUCUAUGGAUUUGGAAUGCUUAUUUUGGACAGCAAGGUUCGCACAUUGAUAUCAAUGUGUUUGAAGCAUCGUCGAUUCUUGAGGAAAUUAUUAACGGCUUGGCACCUAGUGGUAAAAGUUUAAUUGCAAAUGUUUAA